CAAGGUUCAUUCAAGCGUCAAGUUGAAGUUGGCCGUGUUGUCCUCGUUAACCACGGUGCUGAUGCCGGCAAGUUAGCCGUCAUUAUCGACAUUGUUGAUCACAACCGCGCUCUCAUCGACGGCCCUACCACUGGCGUUGCCCGUCAAGCUCUCUCUUUCCGUCGCAUGGUCUUGACCCCCAUCGUCCUCAAGAAUCUUCCUCGUAACAUCGGUCAAGGUGCUCUCAAGAAGGCCAUCGAAAAGGCUGACAUUGUUGCCGCCUGGAACAAGACUGCUUGGGCCAAGAAGAUCGAACAACGCAAGAUUCGUGCUUCUUUGUCUGACUUUGACCGUUUCAAGUUGAGAAAGUUGCAAAACAAGGUAAGAUGA